GUACAUGAUCAUGAGGGAGUGUUGGCACGCCGUCCCGUCUCAGAGGCCUACGUUCAGACAGCUGGUAGAAGAUCUGGACCGGAUUUUAUCAAUGACCUCCACAGAUGAGUACCUGGACCUGUCAGUACCCUUCGAGCAGUACUCCCCAACCUGUCAAGACUCCAACAGCACCUGCUCCUCCGGAGAUGACUCGGUGUUCGCCCACGACCCGCUGCCCGAUGAGCCCUGUCUUCCCAAACAGCUCCCCAGCAACGGUGUGAUAAGGACAUAAAACCUGAACUUCUGGAGGUCAGGUCUGGAUCUCCGCUCACAGUUUGUGACAAAUAAUCACCUCUCAGUGACUCCAGAGUCCUCAAGUUAUGGAAAGAAAGACUUCAUGCAAUACUUCCGCAGCUCUGAGCUCGUCUUAAACUCUUGGUCUGGCAUUGUCUUUAGGUUUUUCCUUCUUUAAUUCCCCAAAAGACACUUUGGACACUGAAGGACUUUUUUUCUCUUUUUUGCUGAUGAACCAUUUUUGCGUUCUUGUCAGGAAUGAAAUUCUAUUUUUAUACUCUGGCCAGUCUUUUGCUACAAACGGUUGCUUGGUGAAACCAUUCCGUGCCUACUGGGAUUAAACCUCCAUGGGAAACUUUAGAGGAGGACACAAAGGGCAUUUCAAGGGGUGCAGGAGGACGUUCGAUUGGUCUCAUUCGAAAGGAGCCCAUGGAUGACUUUAAAAGCUAAUCCUGCAAGAAGUCGCCAGAAAAACCAGACUCAACUUGGAAAAGUUGAAGACAUUCAGCUACAGAGUUGGUUUCAUCAGUGUUCUCUUUCCACAUCUUUACAUCUUAAGAACAAUUUUGGAAUAGCCUCCGAACAAACUCCUCAUGAGGCAAAGUUUCAGGGCCUUUCAGUAAUAAGAACAUUUGGCGUUUGGAGGAAUUCUUUUUUCUAUUUCUAGAAAGUGGUGUAUUGUAAAUAUAUAAAUGCAAAUAUGUAUGAUAUCGCUGUCCAUAGCUAUGUACGUAAAAAAGACA